AGAACCUUCAUGUGCCCACUGUACAUGUAUCUAAAUACUAAACAAAUGUUUAUAUAUGUAUAUAAAAAUAUAUAUAUAUGCGUGUUAUUUCCAGAGUUUUUUUACCUUUUAUAUUUUUACAUUUUAACACUGUAUUUCAGCGGAGUGGUUUUACCUCUCUUUACAACCUUACUGGUAGAAUUCAUACAUAAGGCACAUCGGAUUAUAAGGCACACUGACGGUUUUUGGCAAAAUUAAAGGAUUUUGAGUGUGCCUUAUAGUGCAAAAAAUAUGGUAAUAAUAAUUUAUUAUUAUUGUUAUGUGAACCACUGUCUCUUUUUGAACUAUUGCUGAUGCAGCAAUAUCGAGUACUCGGGACUCUGUUCCUAUACAUCAGCUCACAGGCGCCUUGUGAUGAUCAACGUCACCCUUUUGGAGUGAUGUGGGGAGAGAGAGCGCCAUCUACCCUCUUAGAGAGAGCAAGGUCAAUUGUACUCUCUCAGGGCUCUGGCAGCUGAUGGCAGCAUGUCCAGGAGUCGAAUAAGUGAUCUCCUGAUCAUAGUGGCAGCGCUUUAGACUGCUGUACCACUCGGUGCCUUUGCCUUUUUUUCUUUUUUUUUUUUUUUAGCACCUCACUUCCUGUUGAUGUGAGCUACUUUCCUGAGAGGCCAGAUGCAAAGGUGCACCAUUACACUGCACUUCAGUAAAAGACCUCCUGAAUCCGGUCUGCUCUCCAAAUAUCUAAUGAGGCUAUUGAUUUCCUCAUCCGUGCUAAAUUUAGCAUUUACUCCCUCUCCUCCCCCAUCCUGCCCCGCGUCGCGUUUAAUUCACUCUGACCUCUGCCUGCUCUCUGAAGUGACUGGAUGGUGCGAUAUUGUGUUACUGCCUGCCGGACUCUCGCCACCCCAUUGUUGCUGUGCUCACACUGGGCUCAGGCGGGCAUCCGAACUGGGUGACACUGCAGUGUUAAAGUGUGGAUUUGUUAGUGUGUGUGUAUGUGACUAAUUUUAGGCUAUUACUGGAAAUACUGAGUUGUAUAGGGUGGGGAGUCUUAAUCACAGGUACAUUUUUAUAUGGACACAAGUGUUGAGACAUCGGCUAAUUAAUUGUCUAUUCUGAAAUCAUGGGUAUUUAAAUAAGUUUAUCCUGCUUAUCAAGUGUAUUAUUGCUGUGAGGCUUUGAUUAUAUUCAAUGACAAAAGCAUUGGUAAGGUCAGGACAUUGGAUGAUCUUCAUACCCACCAUUAGGGCUGUGUUCAAAAGUCGUUCCAUAAAUAUGUGGAUCGAUCUUUUCCAGGUGAUUAUAGGCACUAUUUUCUUUGACGUGCGAGGGGCAGUAUAAAAAGCGGGUGGCGGCUAAACGAAACCGAAACCUAAGAGAGAGCAAGAUGGCCGAAGCUACAGCACUAAAAUCACCUCCUGGAAUUAAGGCUGAUGUUUAGCAGUACUUUGGAUUCAAACGUUACGAGAAAAAAGGCGAACUAGCCUGAACAAAAUAAAUACUUCAAAUUCUCGACUUUUCUCUCUGUGUCCGUCUUACAGAUACACAGAUACAGUCACAAACACACAUGGGGCUGUUUUGUCUAUGUGACAGUAUUUAUUUUAAAGUGACAAUCCAGCAAUAUGUAAAUAGAUCGAUAUCAAAUCGAUAUUGUGGAUCGAAUCGGAUCGUGACCUUAUGGAUCAGAAUCGAAUCAAUCCAGAAAAUUUGGAUUGAUUCCCAGCCCUACGCACCACCAUCAUCCCCACCACCAUCAUCAUCAUCAUCAUCAUCAUCCCCACCACCACCACCAUCAUCAUCCCCACCACCACCACCAUCAUCAUCCCCACCACCACCAUCAUCAUCCCCACCACCACCAUCACCAUCCCCACCACCACCAUCACCAUCCCCACCACCACCAUCACCAUCCCCACCACCACCACCAUCAUCCCCACCACCACCACCAUCAUCCCCACCACCACCAUCACCAUCCCCACCACCACCAUCACCAUCCCCACCACCACCAUCACCAUCCCCACCACCACCAUCACCAUCCCCACCACCACCAUCACCAUCCCCACCACCACCAUCACCAUCCCCACCACCACCACCAUCAUCCCCACCACCACCACCAUCAUCCCCACCACCACCACCAUCAUCCCCACCACCACCACCAUCAUCCCCACCACCACCAUCAUCAUCCCCACCACCACCAUCAUCAUCCCCACCAUCAUCAUCAUCCCCACCACCACCACCAUCAUCCCCACCACCUUCAUCAUCAUCCCCACCACCUUCAUCAUCAUCCCCACCACCACCACCAUCAUCAUCCCCACCACCACCAUCAUCAUCCCCACCACCACCACCAUCAUCCCCACCACCAUCAUCAUCAUCCCCACCACCAUCAUCCCCACCAUCAUCCCCACCACCACCAUCAACAUCCCCACCACCACCAUCAACAUCCCCACCACCAUCAUCAACAUCCCCACCAUCAUCAUCCCCACCACCAUCAUCAUCAUCAUCCCCACCACCAUCAUCAUCAUCAUCCCCACCACCAUCAUCAUCAUCAUCCCCACCACCACCAUCAUCAUCCCCACCGCCACCACCAUCAUCCCCACCACCACCACCAUCAUCAUCCCCACCACCAUCAUCAUCAUCCCCACCACCAUCAUCAUCAUCCCCACCACCACCAUCAUCAUCAUCCCCACCACCAUCAUCAUCAUCCCCACCACCAUCAUCAUCAUCCCCACCACCACCAUCAUCAUCAUCCCCACCACCACCAUCAUCAUCCCCACCACCAUCAUCAUCCCCACCACCAUCAUCAUCCCCACCACCACCAUCAUCCCCACCACCAUCAUCCCCACCACCAUCAUCCCCACCACCAUCAUCCCCACCACCAUCAUUCCCACCAACAUGGAAAACUGGAGAUUGUGGGUUCAAGUCCCACCUGAGUCUCUGUAGAUGUCCUGCCACAUGCUCUGCUGUUUCUUUCAGGAAAAAAAUAACUUGUCAAUAACCUGUCAGUUUGUAUUUUAAACUAAUUUAAAGAUACAGAGACAAGGCAGGCUUUCCAAUUCUUUUAAACAUAAAGAUUUCAGUGUGAGUGAAUUUUUACAUCGCUGCAUUCAAGCCUGGCUGUGUUUAGUCAGCAGAAACUAAUCAAUCCAAUUUCCCUUAAUUGUUUGAUGAAUGAAGGUAAUUACAUUUUCCACAAAGGUGAUUUUACACUGAAGAAGUUUGCCCCACAAAUAAAUGACCAUAAGUUUUGAAAUGUUUAGAAUAACUAUCAGGCCUUGACCCAAAUAUUGACCACGAGUGUAGGUGAUACAAAACCACUUUCUUUACAGUAAAAUUCUGUAAAAGUAAACUUUACAGGACAUUUGGAGAAGCCGCCUGUCCACUCUGUGCUCCAUUUAAUAAUUUCGGAUCAGUAUGUGGAUUGUGUGUGUUUUGAUGUGUGU